AUGGCUAAUCCUCAAACCCAAUGGCGUCCCCGAAACGAUAUUGCCAUCUUUGUCAGAACCCUCCAUCUCCUGGAUCUCGACCUCUUGCCAGAUUUCCCUGGCAUUACGGAAUCGACUUUUGGAAGCAGCACAAGCACAUCUGUUACUGCAGCGGCGGUGAGGACCAUAUCUAGCCAUAGCCAGCCUCAGAAUCUCCAAUCGCGCAUCAAAGCCGUGGAGUGGAGUCUGUACCGGCUCUUCGAAGUCUACGAUGUCGAAGCAACACGCGCGAAACUGGCGGGCUUUUUCCCUCCCAGUGCACCAAUUCAAUCGUUGAACCUCCGCACCGCGAUAUACAAGUGGCUGACAGAGUUGAAGAGGGAUGGUGUCCUCCCUCGCGAGACGGUGUUGCGGAAGACCAUGCUGGAUGAAUGCAAAGGCGAGAAGUUUGAAGAGUUGCUGGCCGCGUUCGCCAUGGUUGUCUUGCGCAAGAGACUGGCCAGGAAGUCAGGGCGUGUUAAGGGUAUCCAAGCGUUGGCGAUGAUGGAAGCAAAGACGCGGCAAAUGUCCGAUCGAGAAACUACGGUUGCUUUGAUCCUCGCCCAUCGGGUCUCCCUACGGCAAUCCCUUCAGAGGCGUCAGCACUUACAGUCAGAGGCACAUACCCAGAUUCAGAGCCUGGGUGUGCUCCGAGAUAACAUCAGCAGAAGGCUAGAGAUUGCUUCGCAGCCAGAAAAUAUCGAGGAGCUGUCGACACCGCAAUACGAAACGUUGAAGGACCAAGUCAACCAGGCAUUCGCAGCUGAUCGGCAAUGGGCGGCUUAUAUCCUCGAGGGAAACCCUGCAGCCACGUCUUUGCCGGUCACAACAGCGGAGGCCGUUCAGCAGCUAUUUGCGAGCCCAGCCCGCCUUGCCUCCAACGACAAGAGUUUGUUCGAAGAAACAUCGGGAAACCCGCAAGUCAACCAAGCAAUGAUUGAACUACAGCAGUCCGUACUAGACCACCAAGCGCGAGCUCAGCGCUUGAGUCGCCUUCGUGAGAGUCUGCUCGAUGAAACGCAUCAGCUACCACCCCAGCCGUCGUCUACCGGCACACCAGGGUCCGAGCAAGCUCGGCCCCCCCUUUGGAAGACAGCUCAGAAGGAAAGCUCCAACGGACCACGAUUCAACAGACACCAAGCACUCACGCUGGCCAGCCUACCAGUGUGA